UUUAAUUGCAUUCAGUUAACCGUUACUUAGUGGAGAAAAACCUUAAAAUAUUUGUUGUUCCCGCAAAUUUUAUGUUCUCAAAGAGAUCCAACGUUAUGAUUAUAACAAAAACAGCUUUUCACUACGAAAAAACUGAGUGAGAGAGUAUUGAUCGGGAGAAGAUAUGAACGAAUAGACAGAUGUAUCGUUUCGAAAAUCAAAAAGAAAGGGUUUGCUCUCAGGGACGCAUGUCAGCAACUUUGUAUAAAGAGAUGAACGGGAAAAUUGUUGGAACUGUGGCCUUAGCUUCAAAUAACUACAUUAUUAUUAAUGUCAGCGGUCGACGUUUCAAAACCGAUGAAAGAUUACUGGAAAGAUAUCCAGAAACAUUACUUGGUGGCAAAAGACGUUAUUACUACUUUGACUGUAUGAAACAAGAGUAUUUUUUUGAUCGUGAUCCAGAUAUAUUUCCGCACAUCCUAAAUUUCUAUCGUUCAGGAAACCUUCACUACCCGCCAAAUGAAUGUGCAGAACUAUUUGAAAGCGAACUCAAAUUCUUUGGAAUUUUCACAGAAUCCAUCUCAUUAUGCUGCGUGGAGAACUUUGAACUGUUAAAGAAUAACACAGCAAAAUUUAGAGAAGCACAAUCUAAGAAAAGAAGCAUGGGAAUUGCUAGGGCACGUAGACUCGAACAUAUUCAUGGUUUUAAAGAAAAGCUUUGGUUCAUCUUCGAACAGCCUGGGUUGUCGACCCCAGGUCUUGCAGUUUGGGCCGUGACUAUAUUGUUCAUUCUUACUACGGUAGUAAGUUUGGUUCUGGAAACUGUUCCAAAAGGUGGAUCAACGACAACGUGGGGUUCACAACAUCGGGAAGAUUUUAAUCUUUCAGAAACAAUUUGCGUCAUUUUUUUUACUGUAGAAUACGUGUUAAAACUUUAUUGCUCACCAAACCGUUGGAAUUUUGUAAAACAGCUCUCCAAUAUCAUCGACCUUUUGUCGAUUUUACCUUUUUACUUCGGUCUGGUACUUGGUAAUCGUGGUAACAGUCGCUUCUUCGUUAUAUUACGUGUUUUACGAGUCACAAGAGUAUUAAAGAUUAGCAGAUUUUCGGCAGAGAAGAUGGAACAACAUGGGAAUUUGUUAAAACAAAAUAAAGGUGAACUCACUCCGCUUUUGGUAUGUUUCGUAACAGUGCUUAUUGUGUUUUCAACAGUCAUGUACUACAGUGAAAAAAAUGAUGACAUGUUUGGCAACAUCCCAGCAUGCUUUUGGUACACCAUUGUGACGAUGACGUCAUUAGGGUACGGUGAUCUUGUACCACAAACAGUGCAAGGAAAAAUUGUGGGUGCUCUAUGCUCUUUUAGUGGAAUAUUUCUCAUUGCAUUAAUGGCUCCCUUGUUACAGAAAGUAUAAACUUGUAUAUCAGUUAGCAUGUAAUAUAAUCAGCGUUGUUAGUAAAAUCUUGAAACAUAUGCUAAUAAACACAUACUAAA